AUGAAAAAAUUGCCCUUUGAUAAAAUUUAGCAGAAUCAGACGCUAACAGAUUUUUGGAGAGAUAACCCUAACAAAUACUAUGCCAGAUAGGGAAUCAUGAUUAUAGCUGAGCUUGGGUUCUUGAUUACAGCUGGGAUAGUGCUUGGAUUUGAAGCAGGAGAUGAAUGUAUUGACUAUGAUGGAACAAUGGUAAAUGAACACUAUAGAAAUGCAUUGAUUUUGCUAAUCGUGGGUCAUCUCUACCAAAUCAUUAAAGCCGCUUAUUUCGCCUGGUCUCUAUAGAGAAAGCAAAAGGAAAGCCUGUUUAAAUGCUGUUUGCAGUGCUGGUGCUGCUACACAUGCGCCAUCUACUUAUUCUUGCAAAUAGUUUACUUCAAGUAUAUGAAUGUUUGCGAUUAAGUGCUAAAGUUUACAAGUCUUUGGCUGAGAGCAGAAAUUUUGAUAUUCUACAUCUAUGUUAUCUCUGAGUGCAUAAUGAUAGGAGGCAUCUGUUUUACAAUGAUGAAGUAGCAUAAGAAGCUUUAGAAAGAAUAUAUUGAACAGUAAAAGAAGAUAGAUUAAAAUAGGAAUAAUAGGCGAAUGAGCAAGCAAAAAAACUCUUCCUUCAAAAGGGAUCACGAAGGGUCUUUGAUAGAGGAGAGGAAAAUUAAAGAUAAUGAUGUUUGA